GCAAAACUACAAACCUGUUCAGGACUUCAAGUGCAGGUCAAUUUCAUCUGUAACUAGACUACUAUAGUUUUGUAUUACUUAGUUAAGCAGGGCCUGAAUUUCAGCGCGGGAUUGCGCAUAACAUUUCUGCAGGUUUCGCUUUUAUAAACGGCGAAAUUCCUGGAAACACUGUAGCAUAUACAGUAGAUUGAAUCCAAACAGAUUAUAAGGGCAGUUCCGUUAUUUUAAAACGUUCUGUGAGAUGUAAUUUCACAAACAGUGAGUGAUUCAGCAAUAGUUACAGCGCGCCCCCUCCUGUUUUCUGAAACCAUGUGACCCUGAGGUGGUCGGACAUAAUGAAAGCAAAAGUACAGUGACAGUGAAAGUAUUUGGGAAAAACUUGGGGGAUUUCUCAUGCAUGUGGGCUAUAAAAGCAUCCAUGGCUUCUUCCGUUCCAUCAGACCAUUAUCAGACCUGAACAAAAGCAUCUGACAUUUCGACAGGCUAAGACAACUACAGAAGUCAGCAGCACUGUUUUUUCAAGGAAACACAAUUCUUAUUUUUGUGUUUCGUUUAUGACAGCUGAAUUCAGACAGUUCCACUUAUCGGACGUUAUGGAUUUGCAGUCUAUGGAGAGUGUUGUUGGGUCUCUAAAUGAUGGAAUUGUCUCUAUCUGUAACAUCUUCAAGUCUCUCUUGGAUGCACAAGUUGAUCCCACCACUGGCAUGUGCAGUAAUUAUGAACAAAUCAGGGAGCAUAUUAUCCAAGCUGACCAUUUCCUGGAAAAAUCAGAGACAAUGAUUAAGGAAAAACUAAAAAAUUUAGAUGAAUGCAUGGAGCGACUUAUUCAAGAAAAAGGAAAUGCUGAGCAGCAGAACAAAGAAAAACGCAAUGCAAUGGAUAAAUUACACAAUGAGAAGAACUCUGCUGAAGAAUCAUUAAAGAAUUCUAAAGCAGCUUUGGAACAGGCUGAAAAAAUGAUAGCAUUGACAAAAGAUGAACUACAAAGACAGCAAGCUAGACAUAACACUGGCACAGGUGUAACAAUUGGAGGGGCGGUAGUGGCUGCAAUACCAAUUAUCGGAUGGAUUCCUGGUAUAAUAAUGAUGUCUGUGGGAGCUAGUGAAAUUGUUAAGGCUUCAAACGCUAUCAGGGAAGCUGAAAAUGAGCUAAAAAUACAGGAGUCCGAGGUGAAUGAGAAGAGCAUGAAGGUGUCUGAUUACCAAUCCAAGAUCGCUACCAUACAGAAUGAGACUGAAGAGACAGUUAAGUUGCUAAAUAAAUUGGAGAAGGAGACUGAAGAGUUGAAGCAGCAUCUACAGUUCACAGCUGAUAUUCAGGAAACGGUCAGGAGAGCUGUGACCCUUCUGACUGUUCUUAAUGGAAGAGUCACUGUAUUGGAGAAACAAACUCAGAGCUUCAUCCUCUGGGAGCCUGUGAUAAAUGCCAUGGAAGAUGUGAUAAAGGCAGCAGAAAAUGUUGCAGGGAAUCAGCUCCUUUAUAGUCAGGGUUUACCAGGCUUCAUAAAUACUUUGAGGGAAAAUAUUGGAGGAAUACGUGCUUUAUGCAACUCUCCCAAUAAUUCUGAACAUGACUGCUAUUACUAAUCAUCAUCUAAUUAAUACAUAGAAACCACUUUACAUAUGCAAGAGGGGCAAGAAACAAAUAAUGACAUUAAAAAUACAAAACAUGAGAUAUUUCAUAUUAAAGCAUGGCAUAACAACAAACAAUCCGAAAAGUGUUAUAGUUAAUCAACUUUUGUUAUAUAUAAAAUUGCAACAAGUAAUUAGUACUUUUAAUAAUUAACAAAUGAUGAUUAUGAUUUAUGCAUUUUGACAAGUUUAGUUAAUAUGACAGUAAGUAGAUUUCUUUGAUAAGAUAUGCUCUUUUUCAUAUUUACAGUAGUAUUGUUACUAGUAAAACAUUAUUUAUAACACCAAUAUUAUUAUAUAAUAUAUAACAAUAAUUAUUUAUCUCUACUACUAAUAAUAAAUAACAUCACCACCACCAUGACAUAACAAGAAUAAUGAACAAGUUAAUGAUAAUUUCAAGUAAAUAUUUAUUUUCAAUACAUGCAUUAGAAGUACAUUACUUCAAAAUGUAUUUAAAGAGACCAGCAGACAGAGACGGAUAUUAUUGUUUUAACACAGAACAAUUCAUGUGUAAAACUUCAAAAUGAUGCUUCAAAAGGCAGUUACAAGUCAAUUACUAUAAACUUGCCUCCCUAUAAAUAGACUUUAGAGUUUAAAACAAUAAAGUGUUUCUUUGAAUGCUUUUUAACCAUGCCAUUGUUACUAUUAAUUCAUUUAAAACAGCAUAUUGUACUGUACAAGGUACAUUAAAUCUAUUAGUAAUAAGAAUAACAAUGCAGAGCAAAAUGCUAAUUAACAACAAACUUGAAAAAGACUGCAAUGCCUCUUUUGGUUUGAAUCAUCAUUUAGGAAAAAAAAAAACACUAAUAAAUUACCUGUAUAACAUUCAGUAUGUUUGCAAAGCAAUGUAUGCAUAUAAAAUGCACCGGUUUGCUAAUAACACAUUAUUUUAACAUUAGUUUUAUGUACCCUAUACUUGUAUACCUAUAAUAUAUUUGCUAAACUAAGCAGAAACAUUUUGAGAAAAACUAAUCCAUUAAAUAUUCAAAUAUGUCAAAAACCUAUAUAAUAAAAUAUGUGUCAAAAACCUA